GGGUCUGACACUUCUGUUUUUAGUGUAUCUGAAGAAGUGUGCAUGCACACGAAAGCUCAUACCAAAAUAUAAACUUAGUUGGUCUUUAAGGUGCUACUGAAGGAAUUUUUUUAUUUUGCUUAGACAAUAUAUGUUGGUCCUGGCUGCUUUUCUCCAGCUGGUGGUUCUGAUUUGUCUGAAGAAUGAUUAUAGAUGUUGUCGAAAUCAACAAAUCAUUUCAGCACAUCCAGUUUGGACUAUUUGCAAGGAAUGGCUGCAGUUUUAAGUCACAUGGGAUGAACGCUGUUGACCCGAGGGACUGCAAACUGCAGUAAAUUUUGCAUUUCUCCAUAUUUUCCAAUGCAAAAAUGCUCCAAUCAAGGGAUCUCUAGGAAAAUGCAUAUUGCUAGGUAAAGGAUGCAUAGGAAUGCAUAUACUGUAGAGGUGAAAAUGACGUGCAAAAGCAAUAGGGGGAAUUGCUUGCAAAAAAAAUGCCUAUUGGGCAAAAUCGCAUGCAAAAAUGGAUAAAUUUUGCACUAAAAUGUUUAUGCGUUGGGUGGAGAUGUUUCUCGGGCUUCCUUUCCAACUUUGCAGUUCUCCCUUUCUAUAUUAUUCAUGGCUGAAUGUGGAGAACUGAAUUUAAGAUUGGGAAAAUGUGGGGGGAAUGGGUGGCGAAACGAGACUGACGAGACUUCCCCUCCAGAGCAGCCGGCGGCUUCUCGCACCCAUUGCAAGUCGCGCUCGGGGCCCAAUGCAACGUCGGUGAAGGCUGCUGCCUUUGAGCGUUUCUUCCACUGCUAUCCAACUUUUCCCAGCUUGAUUGGGGGAACUUGAACCCCGAUCUCUCCCAGCCGAGUACUCUAACCUCCACCCCGCGCCGUUCUGAAGUGCCCCGGUGCGCUCCGCCGCUCCAGGCGAAUGACAAAGGCGCUCCCUCUCGCCUCCCAGGUUCUUCCCAUUGCCUGGCUCGAGAUCGCUCGGCUCUCUUCCCUUUUUACUCGCUCCGUCGGCUGCAGCCGUACUGAAUGGGGCCGAGGCCGCCAAUGGGAGGCCGGGCUCCCCGAGGCUCCGCCCACUUCCCCUUGCGUCACGGGGAACUUUGAUGAGCUCCCGGGAGUUUGGCCGCGCUGCCGGCAGAUGGUGAGCGGAGGGGCGCUCCUGCAGUUGUGGCCGGACGCUCUCCAUCGAGGGAGGAGGAGAGCAGGAGGGGAUGCGCGCCGGGAGCACUGGUUCCCUCGGAGCGGAGGAGGUCGCCUGAAUCAGCCGCAGAAGGACAAUUAAUUGGGCAGCAGCCGGAGCCGGUUUCCUUGGCCGCCUUGUUCCCGAGCCAGCGCGGCGCCCGUCCGGCUUCGCGCGCCACACCGCGCUCGGAUCACCGACGCCGUCCACUAGCUCCAUGAGCCGCCAGCUCGAGCCUCGCAGCCCCGCCGUGCUCCUGCACCCGCCGGCAGCCGGCGCGGGAGGUCCUCGCUGCCGGUGCUCGCCUGCCAAGCGGCUCCUGCUGCACGACGGCGCCGAGGACGCGCCGCCCGCCGCCAAGUGCACUCGCCUCGCCGUCGACUGCUCCAGCGCGGCGGCAGCGGCGCCCCACGAUUGCUUCAGUGCGCCGGGAUCGCCCUGCGGGCCAGUCUCUCCGGCCCCUGGAGGAGGCGGCUCGGUUGCGGGCACCCCCGGAGAGAACGGCAGCGCGCAGGGCCCCAGCCUUGUCGCCGGUUACCUCUUGUUACCCCUGCCCGACAGGGAUCACGUCUCCAGGGCGCUCGACAUCAACACCGGACGGGAGCUGCGCUGCAAGGUCUUCCCCCUCAAACACUACCAGGACAAGAUCCGCCCUUACAUCCAGCUGCCGUCGCACAGAAACAUCACUGGGAUCGUGGAAGUGAUUCUCGGGGAGACGAAAGCCUACGUCUUCUUCGAUAAGGACUUUGGCGACAUGCAUUCCUACGUGAGGAGCCGCAAGCGUCUUCCGGAGCAAGAGGCAGCCAGGCUUUUCAAGCAGAUCAUCUCGGCGGUUGCCCACUGCCACCAGUCUGCCAUUGUGCUGGGGGACCUCAAACUCAGGAAGUUCGUGUUUUCUAGUGAAGAAAGGACGCAGCUCCGGCUCGAAAGCUUGGAGGACACACACAUCAUCAAAGGGGAGGACGAUGCCUUGUCGGACAAGCACGGCUGCCCUGCCUACGUCAGCCCAGAGAUCCUUAACACGAUGGGGACUUAUUCCGGCAAGUCGGCUGACGUCUGGAGCUUAGGAGUAAUGCUGUAUACCCUCCUGGUGGGACGUUACCCCUUCCAUGACUCUGACCCUACUGCCCUCUUUUCUAAAAUCCGGCGCGGACAGUUCUGCAUUCCAGACCACGUCUCUCCCAAAGCGCGUUGCCUUAUCCGAAGCCUGCUCAGGAGGGAGCCCUCCGAGAGACUUGCGGCUCCAGAGAUCUUGCUGCAUCCUUGGUUUGACGCUGUUUUGGAAUCUGGUUGCGCCGACCAGGACACGAGGGCCUCCAAUCAGGUGGUUCCGGAGAAAUCCAGUGAGGACGACGAAAUUAGCUCCUUCUUUUGCUAGCUCUUGGUUUUUGCCUCGGGGGACAAGAAGCCUCUCACACUCUCGUUUUAAUUUCCACCCUCUCUCUUCGUUUUCUGUGGUCCUUCCCAAAAAUCAAGCUUUGGUCAGGACAGUAGCUAGGAUCUCAAACACCCUUGCAAGUAGGAGAUUUGCCAUCCUUCGCCUGCUUCACGAAUUCCCAUUUGAAUCCCUGUGGGACUUGGAGCAAAUGGACCUUUGCAAAACGUGCUCAGGCCUGGGACUUUUAGGUUGUGACUUUUAAAGUUUGCUCUGAACUUCAGUGGAGAAUUUCCUUACAUACAGGACUGUCUGGAAUAAGCAGUCUGAGGUUUGCAGUUUUUGUUGGCUGGCUUGUUUGGUUUUUUAAGAAAAAGCAAACCCCCCUGCAUAGCUGCCAAGUUUUCCCUUUUCUCACGAGGAAGCCUAUUCAGCAUAAUUUCCCUUAAAAAAAGGGAUAACUUGGCAGCUAUGACCCCCUGUAGCUUCUUGGUUCCAUGUUCAGAUCCAUACAGCCUUGUUCUGCAGGCCAGGCUAUAUUGUUGAAGAAACUACAGAAGGGCCAGCUGGAUUGCUCUGUCUCUCCUACAUCCAAAGUGACAGGGCUCUGGGCUGGCUUAGAUUAUAGAAUCUCCUCACUGGUGAUGUAAGAGAGAAUGCAGGCAAAGUUCUUUAAGUGCUAGGCUUGUGAUAGUCACAGUGCAAAAAAAAAAUCAACCGGAUUGUCUAUUUUUAUAGCUAAGAUUAUCUAACUGGUUUUGAGCUUGCAUCUCCUGACAAGUGAGAAUCACCCCCUUCUGCCUCCAGUUUGCCAGUUCCUUUUCUUAGCUGCAUUUCAAGGUUUGCAGCUCGAAACCCAUUUGACUGUUUUCAGCCCUCCAGGAGGUGAUUAACCAGGAAUUACC